ACGCGCAUGUCAUCUGUUCCACGGAGCAGAACUGAGUUUGGGAUCAAUUAUCGAUGUCACUCGUAUAUCUCGGUGGAACGUACUGCUUAGAACAGUAGCAUGCGUCCUUCGAUUCAUCUCCAACUGCAGAUUGAAACAGCUGGGGAAACCGCUUGAAGCUGUACCAACCACUGAAAAUGUCAGUAAAUUUAUACGACGAACUGAAAGUUCUAUCAUCAUGCCCCUGAAGCAGGAAGAAUAUGAGGUUGCCGAAAAUAUCCUGUGGAAAUUAGCCCAACGCGAUGUAUUUGGAGACGAAAUCACAACGCUGCUUCGGAAUCAACAGUCACCAAAAGAGGACUGGAUGACGAUUGAGAAGAAGAGUACCUUAUUUAAACUUGGUCCCUUCUUAGACGAACAUCAGGUUCUACGAGUGGAUGGACGCUUAAGUGAGGCUGAACAUAUUCCGUACGAUACACGAUUUCCAAUAAUUCUGCCCAAAGACCACCCAGUGACCAAUCGCUUAUUGGAACAUUAUCACCAACUUUUUGGUCACGCUUAUAAGGAUACAGUUGUCGCCGAGAUACGUCGACGAUUCUACAUUCCCAAAAUACGAACGUGCGUUGCGAAGAUCAUUGGGAGUUGCCAAUCGUGUAAAGUAAGGAAGACUAAACCGCAAACACCUAGGAUGGCACCACUCCCUGUUGAGAGAAUAACACCAUUCGUACGACCCUUCAGCUAUGUAGGGAUUGAUUAUUUUGGCCCUAUUGAGGUGGUGGUUGGUAGGCAUCUGGAAAAAAGGUGGAUAGUCCUCUUCACAUGUUUUUCAGUACGCGCAGUUCAUUUAGAAGUGGCAUACAAGCUAGAUACUGCAUCGUGCAUAAUGGCUAUUCGACGAUUUGUGCUACGGCGAGGACCUCCAAUCACCAUCUUUUCAGAUAACGGGUCUAACCUCAAGGCGGCCAACAAGGAGCUCCAAGAGCAGAUAAAACGAAUAGAUUUGGCCUCCGCGAACGUGUUCACCAACGCUCGUACAAGUUGGAGAUUCUCGCCACCCUCUGCGCCUAACAUGGGGGGCGUUUGGGAGCGCAUGGUGCGCUCCGUUAAGCAGGUGAUGUCGGAACUGAACGUCGGAAGAAGGAUGAACGAUGAGAUUUUGUUGACAGUGAUUGCUGAGGCAGAGGAAAUAGUCAACUCGAGACCUCUAGUGUAUACGUCUCAGGACUCGGAGUCUGCAGAAACACUUACACCCAACAGUUACCUCAGAGGAAUUACGUCGUGCUUACAAAAUCCUGCCAUCCCUCCAACGGACCAAGCGGAAGCUCUUCGGAACUCGUACAAGCGCUCGCAGUUCAUUGCUGAUGGACUCUGGGAAAGAUGGAUCAAGGAAUAUUUGCCUACUCUGAACUAUCGCAGUAAGUGGUUAGAAGAGCAUAAACCCUUAGAACCAGGGGAUCUCGUAUUCAUCGUUGACGAUCAUGGAAGGAAUGGAUGGAUACGCGGUAAAAUUGAAACAGUCAUCAUCGGUAAAGACAAACGGAUCAGGCAGGCUAUGGUACGUACAGCACAAGGUCUAUAUCGUCGUCCAGUGAACAAGCUGGCAGUGAUUGAGGUGGCAUCUUCUUGUAAAUCUGUUCCUGAAGCUAGUUCCGGACAAGGUUUACGGGCCGGGGAACUGUUACAACCACUGGGCACUAACGACGGUCGGCUUACCGAUGUGAUGCGAGGAACCUUGCGCCGAAAUGUCAACUGAUUCAAUGACUGACAGAUGCGGACAGAGAGAGAGAGGAAUUGUUAUAUUAAAAAGUGACAUGCAAAAUAAGAAACGUGCUUACUAAAUCUAAAGUUAUCUUUCCUAAAAUUAUAUGCGAUAUCUUCUUAAAACUAGCUUACAAUAACCUUAUCCUAUUGAUUAUAUUUAAACCUACUGCUGAACAUUGAAAUUGCUAUACAACUAGCAUAAACUGAAUUAUUCAGCACAUUCAUUAUCGCGGUCGCAGGAUUUGACCAUUGUUCGGUGCACUUGAUGGGCUGAAACUAAUUUUGUAAGUCUUGAAAUAUGAUGCUGUUUGUUCAUUUCAAAUAAAAAUAUUAUUUACAGUUUGAGCUGAUUAAACCAAAACGAGCUGCUACAAAAUUUA